CUUGAGUGUGAUCCUAACAAACAUCACCAUAAGUUUCACGGAUUAAGGUUUCCUUCUGUACUAACACCUGACCAACCACCCGAACGGUUAAUUAUCUGAUUAAGUGGUGGAAAUUAAAACAAAAAUAUAGUCAGGAUAUGGCAACUUGACAAGAGUGGAGGACCAAUAGGGUGCCUUAACUACCCCGCUUCAAAACAAAACAGCUGACGGUUCCUCCCGCUGGUGUCUCUGCUUCUACUCGUAUUUUUCACCGUCUCAUGUUCUGGAUUUCCUCAUAUCUACCAUGAAAAUAUUGGAGAUAAUCUUAUUGUUAUUUUUUGUUAACUUGUGCCAUGGAGGGUUGUUCACUUGGUUAUUUAAAGCUAAAACGAAGGAGAAACAGCCCAUUGUCAUCAGCUCAGACACUGCCUUUGGGAAUACAAAUGAAGAUGCAGGUGUUGUGACAGAAGUUGUUUUAGCUGCUAAAAUACCAUUUGAAAUAAAGUCUUCAGAUGAGAAGUUCUUAAUGGAAGCUGCAGCAUAUACCUCCUUGAAGCUGUCUGAGUUAGAUGUUUGUCAUCAUAAGGUUAUCUUGGGACUACAGACAUCAUGUGCAGAACUGACUGAAGAAGACUUAUCCAAAGUAGCUGUCAACCUUCUGAACUGUCAAUCAGUGGCAGAGGGGCGACCAAUUUAUCCCUGCACUAGUGACAUGACAAUUUCAGAUUGUACUAAAGACAUGGAUCCAAACACCUGGAAUGCUUAUCAUAUUGUAUCUAAUCGUGCAAGAGCAGUUUGUUAUGCUUCCCGUCAAGAACAGUUUGGAGCCAAGACCCAGAUGGCAGUCAACAUGUUAAUGCAUACAGCUGAAGAACAAAUAAAGUCAAUGGAUGACCUGCAGGAAAGUCAAGAAGCCCUUGGAAUAGCAACCUCAAAGACAUUUGACUCACUGAGUGAUGGACAUAAACACCUUCAACAACAGCAGCAACAGCUUUCAACAGCACACCAUGCAAUUCACAGCUUUGUUUCCUCAAAUCUGCGUGAACUGUCGAGAGAGAAGAAACUGAUUGCAUCAGGACAAAGGGAACUUGCGCUCAUCACAGAAACAAUUAAACGAAAGUUAGAUGAAGCACAUCAGCAGUUGAUGAUACAGGAGAACAGCCAGAAAGAUGCACAUAGCACUAUUCUUGAAGAUCUCUCCAAGAUACAGGAUAAUGCACUCGAGGUCUGGCAGAAAUUAGAUACCAGUACUCAAAAAAUCCUGUCAGCUCAUGAGGAAACUGUUCAUCAGUAUGGGCGACUGACGGAUGAUUUGCAGCGGAUGAACGCGACGGUGCAUCAUUUGAUGGACGUCCUUCACUCUACUAGACGCGGGGUUGAAGACAAGUUGUCUUGGAUUACAUCUCUUGUUGGUGGCACUGAUAACACUGUCCAGAAGGUGUAUAGUUGUGUCUUACAUAUUAGCUACUUCUUCAUUGGAAUGAUUUCUGCUAGCUUUCUACAGGUACCGUACCUGACUCGGGUAGCCCUGGUGGUGUUGGUGCCGCUCAAUGCUCUGGCAGAAGUGAAGCAUGACACCAGUUUAGAUUUUUCUACACUCACUACUAUUUUGGGAUUCUGUGUAUUGGUGAAUCUGUCCUGCUCAUUCCUCUGGAGUAUUUAUCAUUGGCAAAAGAAACAAAAGAAGCUAAAAAAUGGGGGAAUCCAUCAACCAGUCACAUACAAGCCUUCCACCACAACAUUUUCUCCAAUCUUCACACAGUUGUUUAAAACAAAACCAGUGGAGAGAUCACCUGUUAAACAGCACAACACAAGCAGUGUAGAUGUUUCUCCAAUCCAGCUGAACAGCACUGUUGUGAAUGCAAAUGUCCCGAAGACAGAACCCACUUGUGACUACUCCAGUGACGAGGAACCUCCGUCUGCCUUGCCAUUACCUGAUAUGUCCGUUUUACGUAGAAGGAUCAUGCGUAGAGCAAGCAUAUUUAACUCUUCAAGUAAGUUACAUGGGGAUGAAGUUCUGGAGAGCAAAGUUACCAAUCUUCAGAGUAGUGCAACUAAUCUCUUGAGCUGUUCUGAGUCAACAGACAAGGUUGCGUCCAGUGUACAGCAUCACCUGCUUGACCAGGUGCACAGACCUGCAUCAUCACUGAUGCACCAUAAUCUUUCUCUUGAUGGUAAAGUUCUAGCAAGCAGCAGCCCGGUCAAAGAGCCUCCAGCUUCAAGCAGUGUUACUUCAUCCAGGACCAUGACUCCUAGAAAGCUUUGUUCUUCAUUGUGCAAAAAUGGACAGUUGUGUCGAAACUUUGCACUAGGGGAAAAUUUAUUCUGCUAUCGACAUGAGGGAAAUUCACGAGAGGGCACACCUUUCUAUAGCAGAGGAUCACGAGAGGUCACACCUUUAUAUGGCAGAAGAUUACGAGAGGGCACUCCUGUAUAUGGCAAAGGAUCACGAGAGGGCACUCCUGUAUAUGGCAAAGGAUCACGAGAGGGCACUCCUGUAUAUGGCAAAGGAUCACGAGAGGGCACUCCUGUAUAUGGCAAAGGAUCACAAGAGGGCACACCUUUAUAUGGCAAAGGAUCACGAGAGGGCACACCUUUAUAUGGCAAAGGAUCACGAGAGGGCACACCUGUAUGUGGCAAAGGAUCAUGAGAGGGCACACCUGUAUAUGGCAGAGAAUUACCACCUCUCCACAGAAGUUCUCGAUAAAGUAGCACUAUUACAACAGAUCAUGAAGGAGAACAUCUUACUUUAUCUUUGGUGUGUCAGGGUUAUACAGUACUGCCUCUUGUAAAUUUUAUCCUUUUGAAACUGGAGAGUUUGUAGGUUUUUAAUCAGAGAGCUUCUGUAUUGAUUAUACAGGACAGGCCUGCAACCCUCAUAAUGCCAGUUGCGUGUAGCCAGAAAUUUUAUAUUUGUGUCCGGCAUGACAAAAGCUGAAAAUACACUCAUGCACACACACACACACACACACACACACACACACACACACACACACACACACACACACACACAUGUAUAUACAUGUACACUGAUUAGUUGGAAGUCACAGUUUUUCUUAUUUGUUGCAGUUCCUUUUCUUUUAAGGUAGUUUAAAUAAGAUGUAGUUUUUUUUUUAAUAUAUAAAGUAUUGUACUUAUAAUCCCAUGAUAUAUUGUGUUGUCAAUCUGUAGAAGUCAUGUCCAGUAUUGCCAAUUAACACCUUAGAAUAUUUUUAGUUUAGUUACUCUACUUAUUAAUGAUAUUUAAAUGGAAUGCGACUCUUUUCUUCGCCAAAAAUGUGAAUUUUAUCCUUGCCAAAAAUGUGACUUUUAUCCUGUGAUUUUAUUUAUAUUCACCCAAAUCCGUGCCCCCAUAAAAUCCUGGAGCCACUCCUGCAUAUCCUCACCACAACACCACUCCAACUCAUCAUGAUGUCCUACUCGCACCCAAAACUCUUACCCCCUUUACUCAUUUUUCCCACAUCAUGACACUUCUUUUACUUGUCCUAGUUUAAUGAUAUGCCUCUCGCAUACGUAGUCCCCUCAUGACGUGACAUUCAUCUCGUUCAUUUCCUCAUUAUCAUUACAUUCUUCCCACACAAUUCCAUUCCACUGUACAUUAGAUCUGUAUGGCUUUUAGUCUCUCUAUUGUGCUAAUAGUUCAUAUUAUAAUGAAUAAUACAUCACUGCCUUUAUUAUCAAUAGAUUUAAGUAUAAAGUGAGGUUUUAUGGGCAACAGUACUAAAUCCCAAUGAUCAUAUCUAUUUUAUAGAGACUUUAAAAUCUUAUGACCCAAAGGCUGCUGUUUAUCUUUAGUUACAAGUGUCACAAUGUUUUAAAAUAUUAAAUUCAGAGAAGGCAUAUGCAGGCAAGAGUAAAAAAAUACUACAGUGUGUAGUAAUAAAAAAAAAAUGUUUAACAACCAACACUGGAGUUCUUGGUUGUCUGCCAUACAUCAACAACACAACAUUGACUCGAGUCACUACUACAGAAUAUACUCUUUUUUGUUUUAGUAUUUCUUUUGAAGACUCUUAUUGACCCACUUUCUCUGUUUCUCCCACAAGAGUUUUUACAUUCCAUUGUUGACUACAAACAUGUGUACUGUUUCCUGUAUAUCUAGAAGUUAAUUACAGAUGUGAAAACAGAUAUCUGCUUCUUUUCUGAUGUGAGAACUGAAGCAUUUUGCAUUGUUUUGAAAAAUGUACAAAAUUUUGUUAUUUUUUAUAUUUUGAUGGGGAGAUAAAUGUACUUUUUGUACUUAAAUAAAGUUCCAUUCCUUAAAA